AUGCAAGAUAUCGUAUUGGAAAAUCAUCGAGUAAGUGAACGAGUUUUCGUAGAGGCCUUAGCCAUCUCAAUGGGCAGUCUCUUCGCCUUCAUUGCCGCUAGCGCGCAAAUUUCGCUUGCUCGCCCAGAUGUUAGCCACGGUUAUCGCUACCAGCCAGGCUAUAGCAGCUCAGGUGGUAAUUUACUGCAGUCACCGCUACCCGCGAAUAACAACUACUUUACCCCAACACCCACCUUCCCCGUCUCAGUUGGCGAUUAUGGAGGCAGCAGUAAAUUCAUCAGUUCUAGUGGUGCUACUAGCCUUGGAUAUAACAGUGGCAACAGCGGCAGCAGUGGUGGUUUUUCUGGGGCCACUUCUACCUCGAACGGAUUUGGCAGCUAUGGCGGCGGCGUAGGCGAUUUCGAUGGUUCAUCUGUAGGUAACAGCUAUCAAUCUGGUUACGUCUCUGGCAACACACAAUCGGUGCACUAUUCUCAUCAAGCGUCGAACUUUGCCGGCCAGAAACCAAUUGUGACUAAACAUUUCUGGUUGCACUCAGCACCUGAGGAUCAUGAUGAGCAGCAAAUUGUGCGCUAUAUAAAUGUUGGAAAACCACGCAAGAACUAUAAUGUAGUGUUCAUCAAUACGCCUUCAUCGAAUGUCAACAAAGCUAAGAUUAUCGCCAAUGUUGCUCCAGUCGAAGAUAAGACAGCGAUUUAUGUAUUGGCCAAGAAGGCAAAUGCCCUGGAUGUCAGCGCUGAAGUGGCAACACCAGCGCCCAGUGUUAGUAAGCCAGAAGUAUUCUUUAUUAAGUACAAAACACCCGAGGAGGCGUUGCAUGCACAACACACCAUUCAAGCUCAAUAUGAUGCUUUGGGUGGCUCAAGUAAUCUUUCGAAUGAAGGUACUAUUCCUAUCUCCUCUGCAAUCGGCAGUUUGGGUGACUCUGUUGGCGUAGGUGCAGGGGAUGAUGAGGACUCUCACACAGUGCAAAUUGGCACGCCAAUCACUUCGAUAUCUAACGGCGCCGGAGACAACGGACUUCAGAACUAUUUACCACCAAACCACAAGUAGAGUGUGCUGAGUAUUUCGAUCACCACCCAGAAUAAUUCAGAAGGCGGUGAUG